UGCUGCCGGGCCGGAUGGCCUCUGGGGGAGAGCGGCCGCGGAGCGUCGGCGGCGCCAACCCGGGCAACCCCGUCUUCACGUGCCUGGCGAACGCGCGGGCGCUGGUGACGGGCACGCGCCUGAGCGCGGCGGUCCCGCUGCUCUACAAGACCACGGCGAGCGACUACGGCGCCCUGAGGCCGACCUCGGCCACGGCACCCUGCCGUUUCUGCCCACUGGAGAGCGCCUUCACCGCCCGCCUGGCCGCCGCCGGGCCACCGCAGCACAACGGGAUCAACGUGGGCGCCGACCACUCGCCGGUUUAGCCUCCCUCCCUCCCUCCCCGGCCCAUCCGCCCGGCCCAGCAGGGAAGAACAGCGCUGGAGAGGCGAAGGGAGAAGCAGCAGCAGCGGCGGCUUUAUUGGGCCCAGCAGGAGCCUCUUCCCCAGGAAAGCCCCGGAACGUCCUGAGAGUGAUGCUCCAGCCCAAGAGAAGAACAUCUGGUACCAAAAAA